CCCCUGGUUUAUUUGCAUUCUGUCUCUGUGUGUUGAAUAAAGCCCCUCAUGGUUCAUAAUGAGUGAACAAACUUCUUUUUUUGUUCCUGUUUGCUGAGAGAGAAACCGCAGAGAGUCAGUGAUCUCACCUCAGAGGAAGGAGGGAAGUUUAACUGCUGCUGCGACGGACGGAAACAAGUCAGUCUGUGGUACGAUGGGACGGACGCCUCCUCUGCUGCUGCUGCUGCUCUUUCUGACAUCACUGCUGAGCUGCACAACAAACCAAGCCUCUCUGACUGUGAGUCCCAGCAGAUCUCAGAUGUUUAGAGGACAGUCUGUCUCUCUGAGCUGUGAGGAGGACGACAGCUCUGCUGGAUGGACUCUGAGGAGGAACACAACCAGAGAAAACAGAGCUGAGUGUAAAGACUGGGGAAAACCUGCCGAUUCGUCCUGUAUCCUCAGCGCCAUUAUCCCUUUGGACAGUGGAGUUUACUGGUGUGAGUCCAGAGAGGGAGCAACCAGUAACAGCAUCAACAUCACUGUCACUGGUGGACCAGUGAUCCUGCAGAGUCCUGUCCUCCCUGUGAUGGAGGGAGAAGACCUCACUCUGCACUGUAAAACAAAGACGUCCUCCAACCUCCCAGCUGAUUUCUAUAAAGAUGGCUCCUUCAUCAGGAAUGAGCCUGCAGGUCACAUGACCAUCCACCAUGUUUCCAGGUCUGAUGAAGGCCUCUACAAGUGUUACAUCAGCAGUGAUGGAGAGUCUCCACCCAGCUGGGUCUCUGUCACAGGGAAACCCACCAUCCCUCCACCUCCUCCAUCCCCCUCCAGCCCUGGCUCCUCCUCCUCGUCUCCUCUGUCCUCGUCUCCUGCUCUCCUAGCGUCCUUUCUGUCUGUUCCAGUCCUCUGUGGUCUGGUGCUGCUGGUCGUUCUGGUCCUACUGGUGAGACGAUGUGUCCACAGGAAACACUCAACAACAACAACAACAACAACAACAGGUGAACCUUUUCUAAAUCCGUUUAAUAUUAUUUGCUUUUUAAGUUUCACAGUUACAUGCAACUAA